AUGCUGGUAAGCUACAUUAUUAAGACAUAUGCCCCUGUCUGGUUUGAUAUUAAAAGAUGUCAGUUAGUAAAAUAUGGUCCGAAACAUAUCUUUAAUGUUGUUCAAACAACGAGACAUUUGCCAGAUGACAUUAAAAGAAUCAUCGAUCCUGUAAUUCAGAGAAACACCUUUUUCUAUCACCCAGAGAACAUGUUGUUGGCUAUGAUAGUCGAUGAGAGGGAGUACCUACGAGAGUUAGGUUACAGAAGAGUACUUAGGGCAAAAUCUGAAAUUACGAAGUCUGUUAGAACCUUUAUGACUCCCUUAAUAAAUUUUGAGGUCACGGACUACAUUAAGUUAAUAGAUUGGACCAAAUGUAAGCUGUCGCCGCCUUCAAUAUUGGAAAGUUUAACAACCUAA